CUCAAGCGAGUCACUGGGAUCGUCAGGCCGGGAAGGUCCUGAUAUAGAAAACCAGGAUAAACCAGAAAAGCGUAGCGAUUACAAUCCACGUCCAUCCUCUUAACGUUUUGCACAUCCACGCGAAUUAAUUGGAAAAGAAGAAUUUUGGCUUGGCUACGGACUUGUCCCAGAAAUAAAGGCAUAGGGAGAGGAGCCAAGAAAAAUUUUCAUACUCGAUGACAUUACAUCGCAAUGUCCGAUCGUUUGGGGCAAAUAACCAAGGCAAAGGAUGGGAAAAGCAAGUACUCGUCACUCAGCCUGUUUGAUAAAUACAAGGGAAAGUCAAUAGAAACUCAGAAAACUACAGUUGUUACACGACAUGGCUUACAGAGUCUUGGUAAAGUGGCCGCUGCCCGGCGAAUGCCCCCUCCCGCUCAUUUGCCGAGCCUAAAAUCUGAAAACAAAGGAAACGAUCCCAAUAUAAUUAUUGUGCCCAAAGACGGAACGGGAUGGGCGAACAAGCAGGAACAAGCAGACCAAAAGAAUUCUACUGCAUCAACAGCACAGCUGCCGGAAUCGCAGCCACAGCAGGCUUUGCAGAAGUCUGUAUCCAAUCUACAGAAACAGGUGCAAGCAGUAAGCCAGGAGAACACAAGUAUAGGUGGACCAAAGCAAUGGGCCCAGCUCAAUGGAAAGCCAGUCGGUCAAGAUGGUUUAAAGGUCUCAAGCCGACUGCAGCCCUUCUCUCACGAGGAAUUUCCAACGCUGAAAGCAGCUGGAGAACAGGACAAAGCUGGCAAGGAAAGAAGCGUCUUCGAUCUGUCGUAUGGGCCCGGACCAAGCCUCCGCCCACAAAAUGUCACCAGUUGGAGGGAGGGGGGAGGGAGGAGGAACCUUCAUCCUAUGGUUUCAGCAGUUGGUCUUUCCGGUGAGGGUGAGGGCAAGACCAACAGCUCAGGUGAGGGAGGCCUCCCUUCUUCCUCCUCCACCACCUCCUCCUCCUCCUCCUCCUCUUCCUCCUCUACAUCCUCUGCUACUCCCAAUGCCACCUCAUCCUCAAUUGCCGCUGCUUUCUCCUCCUCCUCCACUUCUGCUUCCUCCUUUGCUGCUGAGACAAAGGAUCCCUCCCUCCGUCCAGCACAGCCUGUCCGAAGAAACACACCCAUAACUGCGCAGUACCUAGGACAGCAGCAUCAUGCACCUGCCACUUACCAUGACAUGCUGCCUGCUUUUAUGUGUCCAAAAGAUUCUCCUGAAACACCACUGUCUUCUGAACGUGGAACUCCGUCUGCACCUAUCCCUGCACGGUUUGAACCUCGGUCAACUUUCAGAGUACAGUAUACAUCUGAGCCUGUCAAUGGCGAGCUAAGAAGGGAAAAUAGGUUUUCUCGAGGCCCUCCUCCCAGAACUGCCCGGCCAGUUCGUCGUCUUGGGGACCGCACACCAAGGCCUGCAAUCAUUAACCCUGAAGAUCUAAAAGACUUAGAUGAUUUGGAUAAUGACUGUGAUGAUGGCUGGGCUGGUCUACAUGAAGAAGUGGACUAUAGUGAAAAACUGAAAUUCAGUGAUGAUGAGGAAGAUCACAGUUUGGCAGAAAGGAAAUGGAACAACUGGGAAUAUCGUCGAGUUCGACAGACUUCACAGAGUUCUGCUGAAGGAGCAUCCUGUAGGGAUAUGUCUGAAGAUGAUCCUGUGUGGAAUGAUCAGUGUGUAAACAGAGCACCUCAACGAUAUCAAGAGGCACAGCAACAACGGAAAAAUGGAAGCUGGGCUUCUCCAGAGCCUCAGGCUAAUUCAAAGCCACCAGUAAGCAUCCGCAGAAGGGAGUCAGUAGAAGACAAAGAAGAGAGACAAGCACCCAGGACAAAGUUCAUGUCUGCUGAACUUUCCGAAGCAGUAGAACGUGCUCGGCGCAGGCGAGAAGAGGAGGAGCGCCGUGCAAGGGCUGAAAGACUUGCAGCCUGUGCUGAAAAACUGAAGAAACUUGAUGAAAAAUUGGGUAAGGCUGGCAAAAUGCAGAAACCAGAAACCACCCUGAAAGAGAUGGACAGCAAGGCCUCUGAGGAGCCUUUGUCUCCAAGCAAAGACACCAAGUUAAGCCAAGAUUGCUGGCAGUGUAGUGCUAAAGAAGCUGAAGUUUCUGCUGAGCAUUAUGUUAAAAACCAAGAACUCCCUUCAGAGGAGACGUCGGCUACAAACUUUCAGAGUGAAGAUCAUGUCGCAGAGCCAACAUCUCCCAGUCCAGACAGUGGUAAAUACCUGAAGUCCCUCCCUCCACGCUUUCAAAAACAACAGGAUGUAUACAAGAUGCAUUGGCAGCAGCAGGGGCAUCCAUCAUCUGGGGCUGCUCCACCUCAUCAGCACUCCUAUUACCCUCCUCAUGUUCUUGGUUUUGACCCACGAUGGAUGAUGAUGCCCACUUACAUGGAAUCCUGCAUAGGCCAGGGGCGCACUCCUGCAGAUUACUAUUCAGCUCCUGUCCAUUCUCCUGGCAUGUUGAAACAAGUAGUUCAGCCAGACCAUCUAAGCAGCCCAGGGUCUGUUCCUGAAGAAAACUGUCACUCCUCAGUAACUCAAGAGAGAAGAGUGCCUUCAACUGAGCCCUACCCUGUCUGGGGGCAGGAUAGCUAUUCCUUUACACAUACCAGGAGCUUUACUCCCCCAUAUCAGCGACAUGAGAAGGAAGUAGUGAAAGCUGUUGACAGAAGUGAACGAGCUGUGCAAGACCACUAUAAAGAAAGAGGGGAGGACUAUCGAGACCUGCCAGCAGAUGAUGUCACCAACCUUGGUUAUCAUAUGGACAGCAGGCAGGAGAUAGCUUUAAAUGUUUCCCAGAAAAAAUCUGCACAUGACCAAGAAAUCUGCCAAAAAGAAACCUUUAUGUCAGCAAACCAAAGCCAUUCGCUUUCAGUAGAUGCAGAUUUUGCAAAAAGUGAUAGGCAGACUGAGGCAAAAGAUCUGCCGGCUACUAAUUGUAAUGACAGUUCCGGCUCUAGGGAAGUAGUGGUUGAGUAUUCAGUGCGAGAGAAAGCCACAACACCUGAUCUUUGGAGCAGUGAUGGUCCUCUGAAGAAAGAAAUAGAAUCACAAUCACAAUGGCAAGAAUCCAUUUCAAAUAUUGGAACUAAUUCUCUCCAAGAGUCUGCCGGAAGAGUGCACACAAGGAGAACUGGUCCAAUUAAGAAGCCAGUGCUUAAAGCUUUGAAAGUUGAAGAUAAAGAGAAUGAGAAACCUAAAUCAGAGCCAGAGGAUAAACCAGUUCCGUACAAAAUAAAGGAGAAAGAACUUCAACCACUUUGUGAUUCUAAAAAGGAAUUAAGUUUACCUAUAGGUGGAAAGUAUUAUGUUCCCCCCUCCCUCUCUGCUUCUGAAGAUAAAUAUUUCCCCUCUCUUAAAUCUGAUAAGUCUGCUGAAGGUAGUAAUGAGCCAGAGCAGAAGGAGAGUAGAUGGGAGAAUAAAAUUUAUUCAAAAGAUUCCAGUGAUCCUCCCAUUUCUCGUCGAAAUAAUUGGAUUUUCAUUGAUGAAGAACAGGCAUUUGGCGGUUCCAGGGGUCCUGGAAGAGGAAAAGGGAGAGGAUUUAGAGACUUCAAUUCAAGGGGCAGAGGUCGUGGAGACUCCAGUCGUGGAGGUUUCAAUGGGCAAAGAGUUGGAAGAGGUCGUAACAUACGAGAUUUCUCCAAAGUUGAGGAAGUAUCUCGAGGAAAACCUCGUCGGCGCAAUGUCAGUGAAACUCUGAGUGAAACAUCUGAAUAUGAAGAGUUACCCAAACGUCGGAGACAAAAGGGAACUGAAAAUGCUAGUGAAUCCAUUCACUCUGAAACUUCAAAUUUAAGGAAGGUAGACACCAAGGACUCAUGGAGAUCCAACAAAGUAUACAUAGAUGAGCAAGGUAGUGGGAGUGAAACGCGAGAAAAGUCCAAAGUUAACCGGACAUUUGGUAGAAGCCUUCCUCCAAGACUGACUAACACUGGUUACGGUCGAGGUUUUGCUAUAAGAGAAAAUUCAACUUGGAGAGGUAGAGGUGGAACCUUUUCUGGAGCUAUUCAAGAAAAUGGAUAUGGUGGUGGGAAUGAAUCCUUUUCUAGAAGGCCUCAGGAACGAGACGGUCUAAAAUACACUCACAAAUAUUCUGGGUCUAAUGUUGAGAAUGGCUUUGAAGACAGAGGGGGUGAUGACUACAACUUGGAUGGUGACAAUCUUGAAAACAGACCCAUGAGGCGUCGCCGCCCUCCUCGUCAAGACAAACCUCCAAGAUUUAGACGGUUGAGACAAGAAAGAGAAACUGGCUCACACUGGAGUAAUGAGGACCAUAAUACAGAUUUCUCUAGUAGUUGGCCUUCCAGAUCACAUAUGGAUGAAAAACAGACCCAUCACUCUGUAAGAAGCAGGGAUGGCAUCUACCAUGGUCCCUCAGAGCAUGCAGCAGAAGACUGGGAAACGGCCUCAGAGAGCAGUGAUUUGAAUGAGAGGCGAGAAAAACGAAUAGGGCUUUCUCAAGCUGAGUUACCUUCUGACCUCAAUCACAGCUUUGAUGUCUCCGGAGAAAAGAGAGAGUUGUCUAAACGCAGCUUUUCAAGUCAGAGACCUUUAAUGGAGCGCCAAAAUCGUAAGGGGGACCUAACAAGCCUAGGGGAUAAAGUUGUCCGAUCUGGUGAUCCAACUUGCAGAACAGAUAGCUGGCAGAAUAAAAGGUGUUCGGAUGAUGCCCUGUCAGAUUUAAGUUCUGGGUUGGUGUACAGUAUCGACCAGUCUCUCAAAUCUGAUUCUGACAGCCCCAUUAAUUGUUCUUCUGAAUCGUCAAAUAAAAAGGUGGAGAAAGGCCUGAAAUGUGCAGCUUCUAAAAAUGAGAAGCAGGAUUCAUUGUCUACCUGUGAUCUUGGUUAUUCCAAUGAAAAUAUAGCAAUCACUACUGGAGAAGGUUUCACAGAAGUAAUUUCAAAGAAACAGCGCCGUCAGCAGGAAGAAGAACGAAGGAAGAAAGAGCAAAGCACACAGGUACCUGUAAAAAGCAGAGUUAUGGUUUCUAAGAUCCCACCUCGUUUUGCUAAGAAGCAGAGCAACAUUUCAAUGGAGCAGGCUGAUGAAGCAGUAUCUUCCAGUAGCCUUGGGACAGAGAUCUGGGAGAGUAGCAGCUCAACUAUUGCUGUUCAGUCUACAAGUGGAGAUGCCUGGAAAAAGCCUGUGACCGCUUUUUCUGGAUCUGAACCCAACUCCAGUGAGGUCUUUAAAGGAAGUCAGACUGACAGUGGUAUUGAUUUGAGCGCGGAGUCUCAGGGAUCUUCUGCCAAUUCUUCACAAAGAAGCUCCCCUUAUGGUACUCUGAAGCCAGAGGAAGUUAAUGGACCCACACAAAUCGACCCAAAAGCAGAUGGUCUGAAAGACCGGACUCCCAAACAAAUUGAUAAAAAGGAAUGUGAUGCUAAUCCUGAACAAAGCAAAGAACAUAAGCCAGGUCCUAUUGGGAAUGAGAGAUCAUUGAAAAACAGAAAGGGUUCUGAGGGAUUGGAGAGGCUUGAAGGGAGUAUGCCAGCUGUAAAUGGAGUAGACAUUCAUGGUGAAUCUGUCUUACCUGUUCCACCGAUAGAAUUUGGUGUCAGUGCAAAGGAUUCAGACUUCAGUUUGCCUCCAGGCUCUGCUCCUGUUCCUGUUUCAAAUCCAGUCACUAAACUACAGGAUGCUUUGGUUGGAAGUGCUGCUCUUACACAGGCAAUUCCAAUGCUUAGAAGAGAUCUGCAGCCUACAAUUAAUUUGAACCCCAUCUCUUUUCCCAAUGUGGAUCUUACCUUGAAGAUGGAGUCUGCACGUAAAGCUUGGGAAAACUCUCAGAGCAUUCCAGAGCAAGGCUCCCCAGGUGGUGCUGGCCCUGGAGUACAGCCUGCUUGUAGUGUUGGCUCUUCCAGUGGUGUCAGCUACAGUUCGUUUGGAGGAGUAACUAUGCCACCCAUGCCUGUGGCAUCUGUUGCACCAUCUGUAUCGAUGCAAGGCAGUCACCUUCCUCCUCUUUAUCUGGAUGGUCAUGUCUACCCAAGCCAACCUCGCCUUGUCCCUCCCACAAUGCCUCAGCAGCAGAAUUAUCAACAGGCUGCAGCAGCUCAGCAAAUCCCACUUUCACUUCACACUUCCAUCCAGGCACAGGCCCAACUUGGACUGAGGGGAGGUCUUCCAGUUUCUCAGUCUCAAGAAAUGUUUAGCUCCAUCCCACCAUUCAGAUCCCAAGUCUUUAUGCCCAGUCCUAUGGUUCUGCCAGGCACAGCCCCUCUGAAAGGUCACUUUUCAGCAUUCCCUGGUAUGCAGCCUUCAGAAAUGGUCAAACCACAAUCCGGAUCGCACUACCAGCCUAUGAAUGGCAGCCAGGCACUGGUGUAUGAUGGGCAGAUGAACCAAGCUGCAGGAAUGGGGACAUCACAGUUAAUGGAUUCACAACUAAUUCAGGUGACAAUGCCUCUGCCUGGAUCACAGCUACGGUAUGGUUCUGCGCAGCAACAUUUAAUUUUACCUCAGUCCAUUCAGCUCCAGCAAGGCCAAAAUUUGCCUGUUGGUGCCCCUCGUAGGCUCAUACCUCCAACAUCACAAGCGGCAGUCCUGCCAGGAAACCGGGAGACAUCUCAGAUGGAAAUGAAAGGUUUUCAAUUUUCUGACAAGCAGAGCCAUUCCCCUGGAAUUUCUUCAGGAUCUGCUCCAACCCCCAACUCAUAUAGCGUGUUUUUUCUGCCUAGGCCUGGCUCUGCUAGUCCCAGUGGAAAACCUUCUGGACCUGGAGGAGCAGCAAAUGUGGGUUCCCUCCCUGGACACUAUGCUCAACAGGUUGCACCACCUCAGAGUGGCAUGAUGAUGCAUAUGCGGCCCCCAAGUUCUGGUACCUUUCCAAACCCCAUUCAAAGGCCAGUGAUGCAGAUAAACAAGGCACCCCUUGCACCUGCUGUCAUCAUCCGGCCACCUCAGUACCAGAACCCAUGCCGUGAGCCACCUGCUUCCAUAUCCCCAGCUAAUAGCACAGACUCAGCUAAGGGGUCAGAGGAGGCAAUGAAGAUGAAGCAACGAGAGGUUCUGCAAUCUUCAGGAGAAGGAAAAGGACAAUCUGGGAUGUCAAAAAUACAGGAACCUCCAACAUCGGGACAAAUGAAACCAGUCCGCACAGGGGCAAUCAAACCGCAAGCAAUCAAGGUUGAGGAAGGCAAAGCUUAACUUGCAGGAGGCAGCUCUGCUUAUGGCUUUUUUCAGAUGGCUGAAUACAAAACCUCCAUGAACCAAAUCACACAAGAUUCAGUUCAGCAUUUGUUCGCCUGCAGGCACCGUAUCCAUGGGAACUGACCCAAAUUUAAACUUGAGACAUUGUAUUAAUGUACAUGGUGUAAACAAAAAGCAGACUACUUGGUUCAUGUUAUUUAUUAGUCUAAAUCCGUUCAAAUGUGGUUUUUGUAAUUCUUUUCAAAGCCUUUCAAAACAAAAGAGAAAAGUGAUCCGCUGUAGCACGAAGCUUGUGAAGAGGAUAAGCUGCAGUAGAAAUGUAUCUAAUAUCAAAGAGAACAGUUAAAAAUAAAGUUAAACUGUAACCUAUUUUUUGUUUUUAAAACAAUCCUUAUCAUCCUAUUUAAAAUUUUCUGGCUGCCAUCAUGCAGUGUUCCUCAAAUUUUAGAAUUUACUUUUAAAGAACUUUUUAAAUACUCUGCAUUUGUUAAGAGGUCAUUGUUCACAGGUCCACUUUAUUGCUAUAUUGCAGAACACAUCAUUGUGAUUUGGGGCAACACUGUACAAAUAUGAUUGUUUGGAGCUAGAAAUUCAACUAAACCUGUUACAAAUGUAGAUUUUUUUUCCACAGCUUGUGAAAUGUAUUCAGACUGUGCUUAGAUAAAUUCAAAUAUUUCUGUAACUGAAAUCCUAGCGGGCUUAUUUUUGUGGGGGUGGGUUGGGCACGGUGGGAUUAGUUUGUUUGCAGAGAAGCCUAGGUUUGAACUGUUCUCUCUUGGUCGCACUUCAUUGUUUUUGAGGUGCUUUUCAAAGUAAUUGAAUCUUUGGACCGGCAGUUUUUGCAGUGAUAUUUCAAACACUAGGUGACCAUAAGUCUUGUUUUGCUUUGUCAACACAUUUGAUUUCUUUGUAGAGAUGCUGGAUCGAACAGAUAUGUUUGGAUAGAUGCUAAAGAACAGGUUUGACUUUAUUUAGGUUUUCCCCUCAAUUAAAAGCCUUUGUUUUGUUUUUUCCCCUUCUAUUUUGACAUGUGGUUAAUAACCAAAUUUUAUUAUUGGUAUUUGUAUGUAAAAUAUAUAAGCAUAAGUGCUGUUUCUCAAGUGUUGAAGGUCAAGGCCCACAAGCUGGUUGAAAGGCCUUUUUAACUGGUAAUUGUGUCGCACUUUUUAUUAUAAUUAUUGCUGGCUCUGUAUACCAUUGGCUGAAGGAGGCAGCUGCCUUUAUAAUGGAGUAAAUUGUGGUAUAAAAAAAUUUUUUCUUUGUCUUUCCAAGAGGUUAAUAGCAGCACUUGUUCAGCCGAGGCAGCAGGAUUUUCCUUUGUGUUGUCAAGGGGGAAAUCUGCCUGUGUACAUCUUUCAACAUCCAAUUUGGUUUUUUUUAUUAAACCCAUUCUGUUUAAAUCAUAUUGACUUUUCUUCAGACUGAGGAGACUGCUUGCAGUUUUUUGAUUGAUCGCUUAUUCAUUUUGGACUUUAAACCUUGCAGAAUAUUAAGCGAAUACAGUUGGAGUCGAGAGAAAAUGGAAUGCUACCUGGGAAUCUCAAGUAAAAUGCAAGCAACAGCAUGGUUAUAUGUCAGACUAUGAGCCUCCUGAAGUUACAGUUGCUUGCUUUUAUAGCUUGGAAAAGGACACUGCAUCUUUGACUAGAGUUCUGGUGGGGGGUGGUUUCACGUCCCCCACACCCAGCCCCGGACAUAGCAAACCGUAUUGCUAAUCUGUUGACACAAAGGACCAGCUGUUGCACUUUUUACAUCUCUCUCUCUCUCCUUUUCCCAAACUCUUCAACAAAUUCAAAUUAAACACUAGUUAUUUAUGUGCUGGAUGUGUUGUCCUAAACAUGUUUCACUGAGCGCUAUAUAUAAUAUAUAAAUAAAAUAUUGCAAGUCUCACUUUCAUAAUUGUAUUCUAUUUGAUUCUUCUGUUUUACAAAGACUUAAAACUUUGUUUAGGCUUUUUUUUUUUUAAUAUUUAAUAAUUGACAUGCUUGAUUGUUCAGCAGCCAUAUUGUGUAUUGUGUUUUUAAUUGUAUAUCUAAAUUAUAAAGGUUUAAUACAGGAACCUGUGUUGAUUUCAAGAUGCAGUGCUUCUUUUCAAAGUUAACUUGGAGGCAUAUUUUUACUAAUUUAAAUUGCCUUGGAGCUAUCUGAAUGAACAGACUUUAAAACUUCUUCUCCUUUACGUCUCAAUUUCAAAUUGCAUUCAGAGAUUGUAAAUGUCUCCAUAUCACACUUCAGCUUUUUCCUUUUUUUUUUUUUUUUUUUUUUUUUGUUUGUCUGUGUAGACUGAUAUUUGAAAGGGCAGACGAUGGAUAUUUUGCUGUAUUAGCUUUUUGGGUUCUUGUGGCAUUGUUUAUUUUAUUAUCUAGGCCUUUGAGUUUUGGUUUUUCCACUCUCGCAGUCCCCCAUACCCCUAACCCUAUUUCCGGUUGGACCAGUCUUUCUUGUUGGUCUGAUCGUGCAGCUUUGCAGCUCGCUUUUUUUGCCGAUACCUGUUGUUUAUCCUUUCAAAUAUGUGAUCGUAUUAGCUCUUUCCGUAUGAAAGAAUUUUCCUUAUUUAAAUAAAAAAAAAAAUAAAGCAGAUUUUGCUUUUUCUG